UAGUUUUAUAGGUUUUUUUUUGUUGUUGCAACUCUUUUCCGAGUAAAAAUAAUAAUAAUAUUCUAGUCGUUAACAUCUGAAUUAAUGCAUAUCGAUAUCGAGUUUGACUAGUGUAAGUCUUGCAAAGUUGCAAAGCAGUAACGCAGUCGACGAAUUAAGUAUUUUCUUUUGUUUUUUUUUGUUGUCUUAAUAUUUUUAUCCUUUUCCACGGACAUCGUUCGUUUUUGUUGUCUGGUAUACCAUACCAGUGAUUGUUUUUGUGCAGAGGUAGUUGGUAAAUGUUCGCAUUGUUACGAAAGGGUAUUCAUCGCGAUCGUUUGUCAAGAGACGUUCGGUUUAUGUUCUAGGCCAAUUCAUAAUGAGCUUCCUAUUUGGAGGCAGAUCAUCAAAGACUUUUAAACCUAAGAAGAAUAUACCAGAAGGUACACACCAAUACGAUCUAAUGAAGCACGCAGCAGCCACUCUUGGUUCGGGCAAUCUGAGAUUGGCCGUACUACUACCAGAAGGCGAAGAUCUCAAUGAAUGGGUUGCCGUCAACACUGUUGAUUUUUUCAAUCAAAUAAACAUGUUAUACGGUACAAUAACGGAAUUCUGCACUGAGGAAAGUUGUUCUAUAAUGUCUGCUGGACCCAAAUACGAAUAUCAUUGGGCAGAUGGCCUGACGGUUAAGAAACCUAUUAAGUGUUCUGCUCCAAAAUACAUUGAUUAUUUGAUGACUUGGGUUCAGGAUCAAUUGGAUGACGAAACAUUGUUCCCUUCAAAAAUCGGUGUCCCAUUUCCUAAGAACUUCUUAUCGAUUGCUAAGACAAUACUUAAACGGUUAUUUAGGGUGUAUGCUCAUAUAUAUCAUACACAUUUCGAUUCAAUUGUUACACUAGGCGAGGAAGCACAUCUCAACACAUCGUUCAAGCAUUUUAUUUACUUUGUUCAGGAAUUUGUACUAAUUGAUCGAAGAGAAUUGGCUCCAUUACAAGACUACAUUGAUAAAUUGGCUGGCAGAGAAACUAGAUAAGUGAUUUACGGUGCUUUAUGAAGAAUUGGACUUAGCACAAUGAAGUUUAUAGCUUUAAUUUUUCUGAUGUGAUAACUUAUUUUUUUAUUAAAAAAAUAGUUCACAUACACAAACACACCUAUAUAAAAAUUAAAAAUUAGGAAGUUAGUAAAUUGGCAUUCAUUUUAUGUACAAACAAUUAUAUUUUUAUGUAAUAUUAUUUAUCAAUGCUAUAAUGCUAAUCAUUGAUGUUAAGCACUAUUCUGUGUAUUGUCUAGACAAUCUUCCACCAAAGAAAAUCCAUUUAAGUAUAGUUUACAGUUUUACUACUAUUUUGUACGAUUUUAUAAUAGAAUUACUAAUAUAUAUAUAUUAUUAUAUUAUAAAUGACUAAUAUACAUUAAUUAUUUAUUUUUAGUAUAUACAGUGUGCCAGAAUAGUAAUUACUGUAUGUAGAAACUUUGAACAAAAUUACCAGAACAACGAAAUAUUUAUUUUUAAUGUAAUUUUACUCUAUUAUAUUGCAUUAAGGCAAUCAUAUUUUAUAGCGUUAUUGCUUUUAUACUUAAUAUCUAAACAGUAACUAUUGUUGGUGCACUUGUGAUAAAUAUAUGACAAAAAAAAACAGUUUACUGUAUAA